GGAAGAAGAACAAGAACAAGAAGAAGCCUAUCUUGGCUGCUUUUAUUUUGAAAAACACAGAGCGGAAGUGGUGUGUUCAAACCGGCCUGUCCAGAAGCAGGAACUUUCCCUUCGUUCCUUCACAUCAAGAUGGACUGGGGCGAGGACGAUAAUGGUCACAGCUGUCACCACGAACAUCCAGGUCAUUCCCACAGCCACGGGCCGAGAGCGGCGCACCCCUUCAUGGCAGCUUUUCACGGACAGUUCGGCAAAAACGCCGAUCAGGUGAACCUCAGUCAGCAGCCGAAGAAACGUUCGCACAUGGAUGACAGCAGCAGUUGGGACAUAGUGAAGGCAUCGCAGUUCGGUAUCCUUGAGCGCUGUAAGGAGCUGGUGGACGCUGGAUAUGAUGUCAGGCAGCCGGACAAAGAGAAUGUUACUCUGCUGCACUGGGCGGCCAUCAACAACCGCUUAGAGCUGGUCAAGUAUUAUAUUUCUAAAGGGGCAAUAGUUGACCAGCUUGGAGGAGACCUGAACUCUACUCCUCUUCACUGGGCUAUAAGGCAGGGCCACCUCUCCAUGGUGAUCCAGCUGAUGAGAUACGGAGCAGAUCCCUCCAUCGCAGACAGCGAAGGUUACCGCGCUCUCCACCUUGCCAUCCUCUUCCAGCACAUGGCCAUCGCAGCUUAUCUUAUGGCUAAGGGACAGGAAGUUGAUGGGCCUGACUGCAACGGACAGACACCUCUGAUGUUAGCAGCCCAGAAGAUUAUUGGGCCAGAACCAACAAACUUCCUAAUCAAAAAUAACGCUUCUGUGAGUGCUGUGGACAAAGUGAACAGGAACACACCGCUGCACUGCGCUGUGCUUGCAGGAAACGUAGACGCUGCCCACAUCCUGCUGGAGGCUGGAGCCAGUGUGGACGCAGAAAACAUCAACGGUCACACACCUAUCGACUUGGCCCACCAGGUGCACAGCCCGCUGCUCAUCCACAUGCUCAACCACAUCAAACAGGAGAGGAUUCGCUCCAACUCACGCUGCACACGGAUCGUCAACAGAUACAGGGUCUUUCUGCAGUUUUUGCUCUGCACUGCCAUGUUUGGAAGUGUGGGCGCCAUAGUUGAUAUGAACUCAGAGUCCUGGUUGCUCAAAGGGAUCCUGUUGGCCUGUGUGAUAGGUGUGGUCAAUCUGGCUUCAAGGAACUUCCCAGGUCCAGCCUUUCAGUCUCUCCUACCAGCAACAGCUCUCAUGGCUUCAGUCUUCUGGAUGCUUGUCACCUGGUACCUCUGGUUCCUGCCAGAUGAGCACCGCGCCACAGUUCAGGUCUUGUUCACUCUGAAUGCCACUGCUCUGCUCUACUACUACGUCCGUACCUGCAGGACCGACCCGGGCUUCGUCAAGGCAACCGAAGAAGAGAAGAAAAUGAAUGUGUUGGUGUUGGCUGAAGCUGGCUGUCUGGACCCCAGAAUAUUCUGCACUUCUUGCAUGGCAAAGAAACCAAUGAGAACGAACCACUGCUUCACCUGUGAUGCCUGUGUGGCGAAGCAGGACCACCACUCCAUGUGGACCAACAGCUGCAUCGGUGCGAGGAACCAUCACUACUUCAUCCUCUUCCUGCUCUCCCUCGUGCUGAUGGGAGCCUGGAUGUUCUACGGUUGUCUCAUGUACUGGUCGACUCAUUGUGUGCUGCAUUACGAGGAGCAGGGCCUGUGGGGCGUGGUCUCCGCUCUGGUCAGCUGCUCUCCCUGGCUGCUCAGCAUUUUCCUGCUGGCCUUCUAUCACACCUGCUGGUCCAGCUUGAUCCUGCUGCUGCAGCUCUACCAGAUUGCCUUCCUGGGACUGACCACAGCAGAGCGGACAAACCUGACACUCCACCAGAUGAAACUGCGACAAUCCGUCUCCCUGAGACAGAAUCCAUACAAUUUGGGCGUGGUGCGGAACCUGGUGUCCUUCUUCCAUCUGCGUUGUUGUGGCUUCUUCAAACCGGCCAUCAUCGACUGGACGCAGCAGUUUCCCCCUGGCCGCGACCAGCACAUGUUCGGACACACCGACAUGGUCUGACCUCCCAACUACCCCUCGCUCAGGGUCAACGGUCAGAUGUUUACAGUGGUUCUGGACCAAAAGCACAAAAUGUAUUUAUUUAUUUUUUUAACAGCUGGGCUCCUUGUGAGGAGAGACCACGUUAUCAGAAGUUGGGAAAACACAAAGCAUUGUAGAUAUUGUUUGAUUCAAUUGCUCUUCGUACAGACUGCUGUUGCCUUAUACUUGACCAAUGUAAGUGAAAAGAAAAUCACAAAUGUGUUUAAUUUGGAUACGGCCUAAACUGUAAUUGAAGUUUUGAGAUGUUUUUUAUGAGCACACCAAGUCUAUUUUCUAUCAUCUGUUCUGGGGGAAAAGGAUCUUUGUACGUGUAAACAGUUGGUUUUAUGACUUUUGUAAGAGUUGCAUGUGUUUAAUAAUGAAUGACCACUAUAUUACUUCAAUAAAGCAAUCUUGUGCCUGUCUUUUUAA